UGAAAUUAGUAAUGAGGAUUCCGCCACCGUAGUAGCUUCACACUGAGUCUGUCGCACUUGUUUAUCUUUUUAGAGGAACUUUCUGACGAGGGCAAAUAGCCCAACAGCUGCAACUGGAAGAAGUCAUGGCUCAUCUGGUAGCUGUGUGCAGGGAAGGAGAGGAAGAUUACCCGUUUUUGGCAAGGCAGAUUCCUCUGUAUAUUGAUGACACACUUACAAUGGUGAUGGAGUUUUCUGACACUGUGAACGACGUUGACAGCCAUGAAGUAAACACCUCUCAUUGGAAACAAUUUUUGGAGUAUCACUCAAAGUUGAAGCAGCAGGACUUGAGUAUUGCCUUGAUGGUGACAUCCAGAGAGGUGUAUGGCGCAUUAGCUCAGCUGGUGCCAUGCGUGGGCUGCAGGAGAAGCGUGGAGCGCCUUUUCUCACAUUUAGUGGAAUCAGGGAACCCAGCCCUGGAGCCGCUCACAGUGAAACCAACAGGCAUGCUAACCGUGACCAAGGCAUGCUUGGUAGACGCUAAGAAGCUUUACACCCUCUUUUAUGUCCAUGGGUCAAGGUUGAAUGACAUGAUUGAUGCCAUUCCAAAAAGUAAAAAGAACAAACGCUGCCAGUUACACUCCUUGGACACACAUAAGCCAAAACCUUUGGGUGGAAGCUGGAUGGAUGUGUGGGAGCUGAUGUCUCAGGAGUGCAGGGAUGAGGUGGUCCUCAUCGACAGUGCCUUGCUCCUUGAGACACUGGAGACCUACUUGCGUAAACACAGGUUUUGCACAGACUGUAAGAAUAAAGUUCUAAGGGCAUAUAACAUCUUGGUUGGGGAGGUGGAUUCCAGUAAGGAGAAGGGCUACUGCGCUGCUCUGUAUGAGGGACUAUGCUGUUGCCCCCACGAACGACACAUUCAUGUAUGCUGUGAAACAGACUUCAUCGCUCAUUUACUGGGAAGGGCAGAGCCUGAAUUUGCUGGAGGUUAUGAACGAAGAGAGCGACACGCAAAGACAAUUGACAUUGCACAAGAGGAGGUCCUUACUUGUCUGGGUAUUCACCUCUACGAGCGGCUGCACAGAAUCUGGCAGAAGCUGCGGGCGGAGGAGCAGACCUGGCAGAUUUUAUUCCACCUGGGUAUCGAUGCUCUGCGGAAAAGUUUUGAGAUGGCAGUGGAGAAGAUGCAGGGGAUCAGUCGUCUCGAGCAGUUCGUGGAGGAACUAUCAGAGGAAGAGAGAGCCAAAGAGCUGAAACUGGAGAAAAAGAGGCAAAAAAGGAAAAACCGGCGCAAAAACAAGUGUGGCUUCGAUAUCUCUGAACCAGAGGCAGAGGACAAGGAGAAAAUCUUGGAUGAGGGUUCCUUUGAAUCUGUUGAGGUCAGCUUUAAAGCCUGUGGUAGCCAUGAUGAGGAAGAGGCCAGCUGUGAAGAGACUGUCGGCACCAAUAGGAGCGCCACCUGUAGCUGCCCAGACAACACCAAGCAGGAUUUGUCCCCGAACAGCAACGUCAGUGACUGCGGCUACUCCUCAAGUAUUGAAGGCAGCGAGAUGGGGUCACGAGAGGGCUCCGACGUGGCCUGCUCUGAGGGAAUCUGCAACCACGACGAAGCAGGCGACGGCCCAAAUGUCCACCAUUGUUCUGAAGACAAGGAGGAGGACGGAACAGACAGCUGUGUGGACUGCUGGCCCCGUUCAGAGGAAAAUACUCAGUGCAAGAGUAAAAAAAAGAAGAGGAAGGGCAAGGGCUUUUGCAUUGAUCAGGGACAAAAGGGCGAUGGUUGUAUGUCCAAUGGGAACACGCCAGGCCACAAUCUGACAUCAGUGCACAGUUGUCGAACCAAAGAAUUACUUUCUUCCUUAUGCGGCGAGAAACUUGCCAGCAUUGCACUACGGCUGCCAUGGACAGUACAUCAGAGGAGCCUCAGCUUUCAUGUGAGGCCUCCCGAGGCAAAUAUGAGUCUUGUGGAACUGCUGGAUGACUCCGAAGGGACUUCUGAUGAAGAGAGUUGUCUGACACAGGAUGAAAUCCAGGCAUUUUUAGAAAGGAACCGGUCCUUCUACAACAACCGCCACCAGUACCGGCAGCUCCUGAAAGAGAAGUUCACCAACUACUGCCGCGCCACCGAGCGGAGUAAACCGGUCUGUGGGAAGUGGUUUGCCACAACCACUGUCAAUUAGCUGCACGAAGGACAUUAUCCCCAAGAAAAAAUGAAAACACUCAUGACCACUGCUGCAACAUUGUUAGAAAAGAUAUGUUUGGGGGGGUUCGUUUGGUGUCUUGUUAAGUCAUUUCUCCAUUAAAGUAAAGUGAUUCUUACUUUCACAACGUCAUCUUUAUCUCCUUUGCACUUGUACACCAUCACGGUUUUCCAUGGCUUCUCUGGGCCUCUUUCAAAACUGUAGUCGUACUCUUUGACCAAGCCUAACUAUUUGUUCAUGGUCUUCUGGGGGGGGGGUUGGG